AUGUCGAGUUUGGGGUCUGUGCAAUCACUGAAGAAAGAUGGUCUGAAGAUCCAUGGAGUAUCUAUCAAAAGAAGCAGUUUUAUAAAAGAAAAACUAAUUGAGUCUUUCCAUCCAAUAUGGUUUGUUUCACCCAUGGGAACAGGGAUAUCGAGCUGUGUCUUGUAUCGAUUUCCCUUUGAAUCUGAGGUAUUGCAAGUAUGUUCGUAUAUCAUGUUCUCGGUCUGUCUUUUCCUAUUCAUCCAAAAUACAAUACUUUUCAUUCUCCAAAUGAUAUUUUACCCCAAUAAAAGGUAUCCCACGUUAUUUGAUAUUUCCAGAGCGUGCUUCUUGGGAUGCUAUCCAAUGGGUCUUUCUUCUAUAGUGAACAUGACUUAUUUGCUUACAGUGAAUAACAAUUCUAAAUGGAGCUGGACUCUUGUUUAUGUUUUAUGGUGGAUUUCUGGUUUUCUCUCAUUGGCAACUGCCUGGUUUGUGACGUUUUGUAUUCAAUGGAAAGAAAAGAUUUACAAUGAAAAUUUGCAUGCAACAUUGCUAUUGCCUGUCGUUUCCUUAACUGUUUCGGGUGCUUCUGGUGCCUUGAUUACAAACAAGUUGCCAAUAGUUUUGCAACCCGUUAAUUUGAUAAUAUGUUAUCUUUUGUGGGCAAAUGCUAUACUUUUAGCUUUUUUAAUCAUAGCAGUUCAUUUUUGGAAAUUAUAUGUUCAUAAGAUUCCUAAAUCCGAUCUAAGGUUUUCAAGUUUUCUACCAAUUGGAUUGUUUGGUCAAGGUGCUUAUGGUAUUAUGUUAUUAGGAAAUAACACAUAUAAUUAUAUCAAAAGCAAUAAUUUUGAUUAUCUAUUAAAUGAUUUCUCAACUAUUAAUAUAGUGAGUGAAAUUUUUCUAUAUUUUGGAUUGAUUAGCUCAUUGUUUUUGAUUUCAAAUGGUAUUUGCUUUACAAUCUUGGCCUCUUUUACUUGCCUAAGCAAUGGGAAAUGCAAGUUUAGUAGAACUUGGUGGGCUAUGACUUUCCCUUUGGGUACAAUGUCAUUAGCAACGACUGAAAUAUACAGAGUGUUUGAAUGGACCAGUUUUAGAUGGAUUGGAACUAUCUAUGGUUCUGCAUUGAUUAUCAUCACUAUAAUUUGUUUAAUUGGUUCUAUUAUUUGGGAAUUCCCUCAUGAAAUUUAUCUAAACCCUCAUAAUGAUUUAAUGGAUAACUUGGAAAAUCAAAACAGUUUAUCUUCUUCAAUUGUAUGA